UCUGGAUUACUCCGGUCCUAAUCCCUAUCACCGCCGUCGUGGAGGGGUUUCUCGUGGGGCUGGAUAGCCCCUUUAUUUAAAUCCGCGGGCUUGGAGAUGUCCAGACUCUCGAUCCUCCAUUCGAUUGCCUCCGUUGGAUUCGCAUUUGCAUUUCCUUGAUUUCCUUAUUUUUAUUUUUAUUUUCGUGGUUUUCUGUGCCCGUUGCACUUGGCCAAUCCACAAUCCUCAUUCCUCAAUCCUGAAUCCUCAUUCCUGAAUCCACCAUGUCCAUCUCCGACGAAUACGAGUACAUCGUCAUCGGCGCCGGGCUGGCGGGCAGCGCUCUGGCCUCUCGCCUGGCGCAAAAGAGCCCCGAGGCACGGAUUCUCGUGCUCGAGGCCGGUUCGUCCGUGGUCGAUCACCCGCUGACAGGCGCUCCGAUGGCUUGCUUCGGCGCCCAUUACUCGCCGCUUGACUGGGCCUACAGCACGACGCCGCAGUCGCAUCUCGACGGUCGAGUCUGCUACAACGCCGCCGGCAAAGCUGUCGGCGGUGGUUCGGCCACCAACUACGGCACCUGGACGCGCGGAAACUCCGCCGACUACGAGCUCUGGGCGAAGCAGGUCGGAGACCCCGCCUGGGGCUAUGACGGCCUCGUGCCCUACUUCAAGCGCGCCGAGAGCAAGGUCCCCUUUGCUGCCGCCGACGAGGACAUCCACGGCAAGGACGGUCCCAUUCAGAACGUCACCGUGUCGGCGAGCAGCGACGAGCGCAAGUACCCGUUGAAGGAGCCUCUGCGGGCCGCCUGGGAGCGCGUGGGCGUGCCGGUCGUCGGCGACGCGAGCGCAGGAAAGCCGUUCGGCAUUCACGAGUUGACGGAGAACUGGCGCGACGGCAAGCGGCAGCUGUCGAGCGAGGCCUACGGUCUGCGCCAGCAAAAGAACGUGACCAUCGUGACGGAGACGCUGGUCCAGAAGGUGUUGACAGAGACGCGCGACGGCCAGCUCACGGCGGUUGGCGUCGAGACGGUCGACGGACGUUCGUUCACGGCGCGCUCCGAGGUGGUCGUGUCCGCCGGUGCGUAUCGCACGCCCCAGGUGCUGUUGCUGUCGGGCAUUGGACCUCGCGAAGAGAUUGAGAAGCACGGGCUGUCCGUGGUGGCCGACCUCCCGGACGUCGGACGCAACUUCCACGACCAUUUCUCCUUCAACCAGUGGUGGAAGCUGCGCAACCCGGAGGAGGGCUUGUCGAUGGGCACGUCCAAGUGGAACAGUCCCGCGUAUGGCCUGGGUCUGCCCUGCGACUGGAACGCCACGGUGCAGGCGCCCAGGGCCGACAUCGAGCGGGCGCUGAAGGUCGACGGCGAGACGGUCGAAGGCCACCCUUACCUGGCGUCUGACUUCUUGCACGCCGAGACUCUGGUCGUCUACGCGCCCGCCGGGGCCGCCAUCUCCGGAGUCGACGUGCCCAUGGACGGCACGCAUAUUGCGUCGGCGGUGCUCGGCAUGGUGCCCACGUCGCGCGGCAGCGUCACCCUGGCGUCGGCGGACGCGCAGACGGCGCCGGUCAUCGACCCCAACUACUACGCCACCGAGGUUGAUCGGGCGGCUCUGCGUGCAGCCAUCCGUCAAGUCGCCCGCGUCUUGACGGCGACGCCCGAGGGCCAGAGCAUUGUCGAGGGUGAACUCACUCGACCGGGCUUCGCCCCCCUGGGACCGGACUCGUCGGACGAGGCCAUUGACGCGGUGGUUAAGCAAGGCGGCCAGACCUUCUACCACCCCGCCGGAUCGGCGUCCAUGGGCAAGGUGGUGGACACGCAGCUCCGCGUGAAGGGCGUGCAGGGCCUGCGCGUGGUUGAUGCCAGCGUGCUGCCCGUCCCGAUCACCGGUCACUACCAGGCCGUGAUUUAUGCCAUCGCGGAGAAGGCGGCGGACUUGAUCUCCGCCUAGAGAGUUUGAUGUUUCCAUAGACGAGCAGACGAAAGCAAAAUGAUAACGCAAGUUUGAUGCCAGACACACUAAAUCUCGGUAAAUUCCGUUGUUCGGCCUAGAGCAUCCAUGGAUGUACGUAUUCUAGCUGAUCCUGCGACCCACAGUGGGUUGGGAUCCCUUCAGUUGCAGGCCGUUGGUCGAUCAUCCCGGAAUUCAAGUAUUGCAGAUCCAAUGCAUUUCAGCCGUACGUAUUUCUCAAAGGUCGUGACCAAUCCUAUUCCUUCCAUCCAAAAGAAAUCGCCGUCAUGGUGCUGCCUUCCGGCUGCCACGAUCCCUCCAACACAAAUCGCUCGUCUGCCUGCGCAAACACCCUGCUCAGCUGCGACAUAGAUCGCUCCUCGGCAUUCCAACCGGCCAUCAUGACCAUAUCCAAAUUCC